AACUCCAGUCCUCCACCAUUUUCUCUCUGAUUUUCUGACUUUUUUUUUUUUUUUUCCCCCUGAUGGGUAUCAAAGGUUUCACCAUUUCUUUCAUGCUAUUCUCUUUUAUAUACAUUCCGACCAAACUAACCCUUCCCAUCUCAAGCUUUCGGCCUAUUAUGAACUACCCGAAUGCACAUAAAUCCAACAAACAAGCCAUAUCCGGCGACGUUCGCCUACGUGAUCUCAGCGUCGAAAGGCGACGCCGGGAGGUGCUAUUUGAUUCACAUGAAUUAUGGUGCGCCGGCGACGGAGCAUAGGGAAGGGAGGUAGCCAAGUUUGUGGCCGGGGACCCGGUUUUCAGCCAAGCUGACGAAUGCUUGGGAACACCCAUAACAAAAAGCAGGGACACGUGUCAUAAUCUCCGAACCCAAGUGGAAUACGCUUAAAUACGCGUGGAAGGCUCCAGGCUGGGAGCAACAAGCACUCACUAUUUGCGCAUAAAGAAUUGUUUUCUUCUGAGAAGCUCUCCAACGUUCUUCUUUCCCGCGCAGAAACAAAACCGCGUUCACCAUCGCUGUUCAUCGGAAAUUUGGAGUCGCUACUCAUCGGCUGGAUUCUUCGAUGGCCAUUUCGUCGGAGGCUACGGUUUCGAGUUGUUGCAGGAAGAGAAAGUUUCGAAGUAGAAAAGAUGCAGCUCUAUCAGUUGCUGAGACCCUUGCCAAGUGGGAAGAGCAUAACGCCCAGCUCGACUCUUGCAAUAAUGAGACUAAAUCAGCCCGUAAAGCUCCAGGUAUUGGGCCGAAGAAGGGAUGUAUGAAAGGAAAAGGAGGUCCUGAGAACUCAUCAUGUAAGUACAGAGGUGUUAGGCAGAGGACAUGGGGUAAAUGGGUUGCUGAAAUUCGUGAGCCAAAGGGAAAAGGGAUAUGGCUUGGUACUUUUGAAAAUGGUGUUGAUGCUGCCUUGUCUUAUGAUAAAGCUGCAAGGGCAAUGUAUGGUUCUCGUGCUCGCCUCAACUUUCCGGAUUAUUGUUCAGCUACAACCUCAUCAAGCAUCUGUUUGACAACAACUCCUUCAUAUUCUGAUUCUGCCACUACAUCAAACCAUUCUGAAACCUUUGUAGCUGAGGAUAUAAGUGUGAGAAGUAAUACUUUGCAUGCUGCAGUCACUGAAGCUGCCAUUCCAAGUAGUAUGCUGCAGUCGGAAGCAAAGGAUGGGUGCUGUAACCUUGAAGAAGAGUCUGAAGCCAUUUCAAACUGUUUUUGGGAGGAUGACGGGUUGUCUUUGGAGGAAGUUAAUGCACUCUUUGACACUAGUCCUCUCCCUGAUAUUGAAUCGGUAUUGGGUUAUGAUGCUGGUCAGCUUUGGUUCUCUGCCACUGAGACUCUGAAUAAUAUGGCAGCAGACACAUUCCAGAGUUAAUAGGCAAAGGAAUAUUAGAAUUAUUAGAUUAGUGGAUGCCUUGAUUUUUGAUUUAUCAGAUUUCACAUUUUGAGUUGAGGGGGAUAAUGAAAUGUUAGAUGGGAGGCUUAGCAGUUUUGGAUUCUUUUUGGCUGACUAAGCUGAUUCUCUAAGGGUUUUAGAUUGGGGAAUUGGCUUUUUAUUUUUUGAUGUAACAAUUAUACGUACCACUCUAGGAUACACUAUGACACCAUGUUCAAUUGAAUAAUGAUGAAUAAAGUUUAUGUUUUGAGUUUUUUUCA